AUGGAGGGAACUCGUGUGUUUGUGUCUGGGCUCCCGCCCUCGCUCACGAGUGAUAAGCUUCGAAAUCACUUUGCUCAGCGAUUCGAGGUUACUGAUGCUCAUGUCAUUCCCAAUCGACGAAUUGGCUUCGUGGGAUUCAAGGACCCUGAUUUUGCCGAGAAUGCCGUCAAGUAUUUCAAUAAGACAUUCAUCAACAUGUCGAAGAUAUCAGUGGAAAUGGCUAGAGCUGCUAUUGCGAGGCUAACGAACCUCGAAGGACUCAAUGAAAGAAAGCUGACCAGGUAUUUCAAGGUCGAUGCUGAUGGCGAAGCAGAUUUGCGGGCAAGGUAUAGAAAACACUUGAAUGCCAAAAAUGAUCCUCCUUCUCUCAAGCGGAAACGUGAGACACAAGAGAUAGAGGAAGAUACAAAGCUACAAGAGUACCUGACUGCCAUGCAACCGCCAACGAAGUCACGGACCUGGGCUGAUAGCGGUGCCAUUCACGCCGCACCUCAACCAGAGGAGUCAAAUCCUGUGGUCGGUUCUGAACAUGACAAUGUUGAACCUGAUGGCGAUAUAGCGAUGGGCAAUCCCGAGAAGGCGACCACCGUUGCCCCUGCAAUGGAGCCACAGGUCUCCAAUAUCGAAGUCACCGACAACGGUACUUCCGGAGAGACCUUAGAGAAUUCAACAGCACCACAAAAUGAUGAUGAUUGGUUGCGGUCCAAGACAUCUCGACUCCUCGGGCUUCUAGAUGAAGAUGAUGAGAUGACCACUCAAACUCAGAGUGCCAAACCCUUAGAAGCUACUGUGGAUCAUGCCCCGGUGCAUCCAGUUAGAACAACUAACACUCAAGCUGCCGUCGAGGAAGAGACAGAGCAUGUACCAGAGCCAGCUCCCGAUGCUAAUGUCGAAUCGAUCCGGCUUACCGGCCGGCUUUUUAUACGAAAUCUACCUUACAAUGCCUCUGAAGACGAUCUUAACGCAACAUUUUCUCGUUUCGGCAAAAUCGAAGAGACACAUGUUGCUACAGAUACACGACAUUCUAAAAGCAAAGGUUUCGCAUACAUUCAGUACAUUGAGAGUGAUGCGGCAAUCGAAGCCUAUAAACAAUUGGAUGGGAAAGACUUCCAAGGUCGUUUAAUGCACCUAUUACCUGCUUCCUCAAAGAAAACGUACAAGCUAGAUGAAUUCGAGAUCUCAAAGUUGCCAUUGAAAAAGCAACAACAAAUCAAAAAGAAAGCUGAAGCGGCCUCGUCCACUUUUAGCUGGAAUUCUCUGUAUAUGAACACUGAUGCGGUAAUGGCUUCCGUAGCUGACAGGUUGGGAGUUUCGAAAUCGCAAUUGCUUGAUCCAACCUCGUCAGAUGCUGCCGUCAAGCAAGCUCACGCAGAAACCCAUGUUAUCCAAGAAACCAAGGCCUAUUUUAGUGCCAACGGAGUCAACAUAGAGUCAUUCAAACAGCGUGAAAGGGGAAACACUGCUAUUUUGUUGAAGAAUUUCGCAUAUGGUGUUUCAUCUGAGGAUAUUCGAAAACUGUGUGAACCCUUUGGACAGCUAACACGAUUACUUAUGCCACCUAGUGGCACAAUUGCUAUAGUUGAGUUUGCCAUGCCAGAUGAAACGCAACGAGCAUUCAAGGGCCUUGCCUAUAAAAGGCUAGGUGAUUCAAUUCUCUACGUAGAGAAAGCGCCUAAGGACCUAUUUGAAGGCGGCCCGGCUGUUACCAUGCCAUCGGUGCUUAACCAGAAAACCGUUUCUCAGGGCUUUUCUACGUCAGAUACGUUCAGAGCGGAUGAGCCAGAAGCACCUAUGGAGAGUGCAACAUUAUUUGUCCGCAAUCUGAAUUUUAUUACUACUGACGCGGGUCUAAGUGACUUGUUUAGACCCCUUGACGGUUUUAUAUCUGCUCAGGUCAAAACGAGACCAGACCCGAAGAAACCCGGCGAACGACUUAGCAUGGGUUUUGGCUUCGUGGAAUUCCAAAGUCGAGCACAAGCGGAAGCAGCUCUCAAAACUCUCAAUGGGUAUAAGCUUGAUCAGCAUGAACUUGUUAUCAAACCCUCCCACAAGGGGAUGGAUGCUGCCGAGCAGCGACGGCGCGAGGAUAAUGCCAAAAAAUCCUCCGCAAAAAGAACCAAGAUCAUCAUCAAAAAUCUGCCAUUUCAAGCAACGAAGAAGGAUAUCUGGUCUCUUUUUGCAGCUUAUGGCCAGCUUCGAUCAGUCCGUGUCCCGAAGAAGUUUGACAGGACCGCCCGCGGUUUUGCCUUUGCUGACUUCGUGAGCUCGAGGGAGGCUGAGAAUGCGAUGGACGCACUGCGAAAUACACAUCUUCUCGGCCGACGGCUUGUCCUAGAGUUCGUCUCUGAGGAGGCGACCGACCCAGAAGACCAGAUCAAGGAGAUUGAAAAGAAGGUCGACGCACAGGUGAACAAAGUUAAGAUCCAGAAACUCAUGGGAUCCGGACGAAAGAAAUUCAACGUCGAUGCCAACCUUGAAGAUUAA